AUGGCUGACGAGUACGCAGACUUGAAGCUGAUGUUGCAGCAGCAGCUGAAGCUAAUGGAAGCACUUACCGUUAAGCUGUCCAACUCGUCCAUGGGUCAUUCAAGUGCGGCUGGUGGUUCGCAAUCUGUUGAUCACAUUGCCGGCAGCAUCACGGAAUUCUUGUAUGACCCGCAGGCCCAUAUCACCUUUGAGUCCUGGUACAAACGAUACGAUGACUUGUUCUCUGUCGAUCUGGCUGCCCAGGACGAUGCAUGGAAGGUUCGACUCCUACUUCGCAAACUGGGUCCGGCUGAAGACGAGCGUUAUGCAAACUUCAUCCUCCCCAAGAAUCCCCGAGAAGUCGCUUUCACGGACACGGUUAAGACGUUGUCGCGGAUUUUUGGUGAUCAAUCAUCCCUUUUCAACACUCGAUUUCAGUGCCUGCAGCUGUGCAAACGCGAUUCCAAUGAUUUCAUCACGUAUGCGGGCAUUGUCAAUCGUGAGUGUGGGCGUUUUCAACUCGGUUCUCUCACUGAAGACCAGUUUAAAUGCCUUAUAUUUAUCUGCGGCCUCCAGUCCCCCAAGGAUGCUGAUAUCCGGACACGUCUCCUGUCCAAAGUGCAGCAGAGCAACUCUAUCACACUCCAAGAGCUGGCAGCAGAGUGCCAAACGCUGAUCAAUCUCAGGCACGACUCUGCAAUGAUUAAGAAUCCUGCCUCAUCUUUCUUAGUCCAUUCGGUCACAUCGACCAAAUCGCGGCCCAAGCAAGUGUCCAAGGCGAGAUCUCCGCCAUCCCCUUGUCGGCACUGUGGCGCAUGGCAUUUCCACCGGGAUCGCACUUUCCGCCAGCAUCGCUGCCAAAGCUGUAAUCAGGUGGGACACCGUGAUGGGUUUUGCAAAUCAGUACCAACUUCUGGAGGCAAGCCGACCCCCGCCAUUCCUAAUUCCAGGCAUCGUUUCCGGCCAAAACGCAAGUCCAAACUCCAGUCCGUUGGUAAUUCUCUGAGUCUCUUGGCCACUUUCCAGCUCAAUGCGUCUGGUCGUAGAAAAUUUGUUUAUGUCUUGCUCAAUGGCCAUGCAGUUCGCCUACAGCUGGACGCUGCCUCAGAUAUCACCAUCAUCUCUGAGAGACUCUGGCAGUCCCUUGGCAGCCCCACGAUCCAGCAGACUUCCCAGUCCGCCACAAGCGCGUGCGGUGGUCUCGUACAGCAAAUUGGGCAACUGCAAUGCUGUGUGUCGUUCCGCGGUACCAGCAUCACCGCGAUCUGCUACAUCACCAAGUCUGACCUCAACCUACUUGGUCUUGACUGGAUUGAACAACUUGGGUUGGCCGAUAUGCCGCUCCGCGUUGUUUGUAGUCAGGUGCAGAUUCCCGCUGUGCUUGCAGACCAAGCCAAGGACAUUCUCCAACUGUUUGCUCCAGUGUUCCAAGACGGUCUGGGUCGUUGCACAUACACUCAAGCCGUGCUACACCUGUCUCCUGGAAGUCAACCAGUCUUCCGUCCAAAGCGACCAGUCCCAUAUGCAGCUCUACCACUUGUCGAGGCUGAACUGAAGCGUCUAGAGGAAUUGGGAGUUCUGGUUCCUGUAUCCUACUCCGCCUGGGCCGCUCCAAUCGUUGUGGUGAAGAAGCCCAAUGGCUCGAUUCGCCAUACUUCCUCCGUUUCCCACACCCGCCGUCCACAAUCUCCAAGUAGCGUCUGCUGGUAUCACCAACAAUUUGGAGGAGCAGCUCGACGAUGUCUUCAGCCAUGCUCUUUCAAGGCAUCUCUAACGUCCUCAGGGAGACGAUCCCACUCGCCACCAGAGGCCACUGCUGCUGCAAGCGUUGCUAAUCUUCACACGCCGUUUGUUUCUCUGGGACCGUAUCGCUGGCGCCAAAUUCCUUGUCGACUCUGGUGCCGAGGUUAGCGUGGUUCCAUCAACUCCGGCUGAACGUAAAACCCGCAGCUCUUUCUGUCUAACAGCUGCCAACAACUCCAGCAUCCCCACAUUUGGACAGCGCUCCAUCACACUCGAUUUGGGCCUUCGUCGGAUUUUCCGAUGGGUUUUCAUUAUUGCCGACGUUUCCGUCGCCCUCAUAGGCGCUGAUUUCCUAGCUCAAUUCAAUCUACUAGUUGAUUUGAAGAAUCGCCGACUCGUCGACUGCAGCACCAACCUUCAUGCCCGUUGUCAAUCCGAUGUGAACCCCUGCGUCAGCGGCCUGUCAGUGCUUAUCGCGGUCAUCGACCGACAAAAGGGAGCCGGAGAAAAGGGGGACUGGAGCAGCUGCUACAACUUCUCCACCGGUCUCAAUGCCGCAGUGACUCCGAACUGCUAUCCACUACCGGUUCCGACUGAUCUUUUCACCCUGCUGAAUGGUGGCACUUGCUUUGCCAAGUUGGAUCUCGCUGACGCGUAUCUGCAGAUCGAGGUCGCCCCAGAGUCGCGCGAAAUGUUGACCAUAAAUACCCACCGCGGUCUGUUCCAAUAA